GGCAGGGGCUUCCUAACGUUUUUUAAAAUCCAGAUUUCUUCUGUGUGUCAAAGGAUGUUCCCAGAGAGCUCCCCGCAAUGUGAGAAGCAAGUUGUCAAGCAUGCUAGGGUGUCUUUUUAUGGCCAAUAGAAGAAGGACCUCAGAAUCCACCCUAUCGGGAUCUAAUUUUAUCUACUCUACCUUGGAUCCAAUGUUAAUUAAUCACAGUGGGCCAGGGUUCUCAAACUUGAGUCAACGAAAAAGGCUUUUGCAGGGAAGAGAGAGAAGAGGAAAUUGCGUCCUCAUCAUGUAUUGUGCUGCAAGGCAAACCUUGAGCACAGUUGGUAUAGUGACUCCUCCUCAGCAUCAUGAUCCCUCCUAAGCCUGCAUCACUUGUUGGCCAAUGAAAAUAAAACUUGGAAUAACCAUUCCAACCUUACCCAUUCCUUCCCUCCAAUGGGAUCAGCAGAUUCAUACACAAGCAGACCAUCGGACUCUGAUGUCUCUCUGGAAGAGGACAGGGAAGCAAUCCGCCAAGAGAGAGAGCAGCAAGCAGCGGUUCAGCUUGAAAGAGCAAAGUCAAAACCUGUAGCAUUUGCUGUUAAGACUAAUGUGAGCUACUGUGGAGCACUGGAUGAAGAUGUUCCGGUACCCAGCACUGCCAUCUCUUUUGAUGCUAAGGAUUUUCUACACAUUAAAGAGAAAUAUAAUAAUGACUGGUGGAUAGGAAGAUUGGUUAAAGAAGGCUGCGAGAUUGGCUUCAUUCCAAGCCCACUUAGGCUGGAGAACAUUCGAAUCCAACAGGAGCAGAAGAGAGGGCGUUUUCACGGAGGGAAAUCGAGUGGGAAUUCUUCUUCAAGCCUUGGAGAAAUGGUGUCUGGCACAUUUCGAGCUACACCCACUCCCACUGCAAAACAGAAGCAGAAAGUAACAGAACAUGUCCCCCCCUAUGACGUAGUACCGUCCAUGAGGCCUGUUGUGCUAGUUGGCCCCUCACUAAAAGGCUAUGAGGUGACUGACAUGAUGCAGAAAGCCCUGUUUGACUUCCUGAAGCACAGGUUUGAUGGGAGGAUAUCAAUAACUAGAGUGACAGCUGACAUUUCUCUUGCUAAGAGGUCUGUUCUGAAUAAUCCAAGCAAAAGGGCAAUAAUUGAGCGGUCGAACACCAGAUCCAGUUUAGCUGAAGUACAGAGUGAGAUCGAACGAAUUUUUGAGUUGGCCCGAUCCUUACAACUGGUUGUUCUAGAUGCAGAUACAAUCAAUCACCCAGCACAACUUAUUAAGACAUCCUUAGCUCCAAUUAUUGUCCAUGUUAAAGUAUCCUCUCCAAAGGUCUUGCAGCGACUGAUCAAAUCAAGAGGAAAGUCUCAAAGCAAGCACUUAAAUGUUCAAUUGGUUGCAGCAGAUAAACUUGCACAAUGUCCACCGGAAAUGUUUGAUGUCAUUCUGGAUGAGAAUCAACUUGAAGAUGCUUGUGAACACUUGGCAGAAUACCUUGAGGCUUACUGGCGUGCCACACAUACUACCAGUAGCACACCCAUGACACCUUUGCUUGGAAGAAACCUAGGCUCUACUGCACUCUCCCCUUAUCCUACUGCAAUCUCUGGAUUACAGAGCCAACGUAUGAGGCAUAGCAACCAUUCUACUGAGAACUCUCCAAUCGAACGACGAAGUCUAAUGACCUCUGAUGAAAACUACCACAACGAAAGGGCUCGGAAGAGCAGGAACCGCUUGUCUUCCAGUUCCCAACACAGCCGAGAUCAUUAUCCACUUGUGGAAGAGGAGUACUCUGACUCAUACCAGGACUCGUACAAACCCCAUAGAAACCGAGGGUCCCCUGGAGGAUAUAGCCAUGAUUCCCGACAUAGGCUUUGAACACAAGAACCUGGGGGGAAAUGGUACUCAUUUGUUGCCAAUUUGCCAUAACAUAGCUAGGCCAAACUAAUCAUCUUGAUUUGGCAGGUGUGGCAUGGUUUUACUAUGCUUACAGGCUGCUGCUGUUUAAUGUUGUAAAAGGGGCAAAACCUAUAGACCAUGCCCUUUAUGUUUAGGAAGAAAUUAGUUUGCCCAGUCACUUAGCUGUGUUUUCUUUCCAGUCCAGUGUUUAAUUUCAAACUGCAUCUUUUCUCUUUUCUCCUCCAUUAGAUAUUAUUAGACACAUCAGUUUGUAACUUAGGAUACCUGUUGAGGCUCAUAUAAAAUAAUUUCCUGCAAUGGAAAUUCCAAAUGACCAGUUCCACUUGGAACCAAUUUAUAAACCAAUUCCUGUUGGAAUUUGGGUGAAAUUGACUGGAAAGUCAACCUGAGCAUGUUGUAGUCAGUUUAAAAAAAUUAAGAUGAAGAACAAGAAAAUUACAAAAUAAUUAUAAGCAGAAAAUAAAAUAAAAGCUUGUUUACUGAAAGGCGAAUUGACACACACAGAACAAACAAUUUUAAUGUAUUUAUUUCAGGCUAACCAAAUGUAAGCCGUCAGUAGUGCCAAAAAUGAUGAAUGAAUGCAGCAAUUAUAUAAUACUUUCCAGUUUAAAAUGUUCUGUUUUGUUUUCUCCCAGCAUAUGUGUUGCAGCAAACUGUAUUAUGCUGAUAGUUUUUGCAUUUGCUAAUGACAAUAUAAAACUAAGGGUAAAGACAGACACAACAUUUAAAAUGCAGCAGAAGUGGUUUGAAUGUUCUUUCUCUGCCUUGAGAACACUUGCCUUGGCCUAUUCACACCUUCAAGACAAGCACACUGAAUAUAUGGAAGAAGGAUUGCACCUGCUUGCACUGCCCUCUGCACAUACAGUAGAAGAUGUGCUCUGCACAUGUAUAACUGUGCAAGCGUAGGCUCUGCACAGUCAGGGUCUCCAGUUAAAAGUGCAGAGCCUUUACAGUUCUACAUGUGCAGCGGGGCGGGGGGGGGGGGGGCGAUCAGCAGGCACAGUCCCGACGUUUGUUCUUCACACAUUGAAUUCAUUCAAUGAAUGUGCUUUGAAGGUGUACAUAGGGCUUCUGUCUUCAUCCUGAAAGAAGGUUCCAGUUCAGCUAGACAUUAAAGGUUUGAAAAUAA